GACCCACGACGGCUUCUCCGUUUCCCGCUGCGCCCGCAGUGAUUGGCUGCUUGGGGCGAGCGUGGGGGUGACGCAGGAGGCGGCGGAGGCCGUUGGCGGCGGGCGGGCGCGCGCGGUUGGCGGCAGGAGUUGAUUAUUCAGUGUUUCCAAAGAUGAAGAGGAAAGUUGCAAAAGUUGGAAAAUUGAGGCUUAGUCCUAAUGAAGAAACCAUGCUUCUGAAAGAAGAAUAUGAAAGAAGAAGAAAACUGAGGCUACAGCAAGUUAGAGAGCAACAGAAGUAUAUCGCCUUGCAGAUAAGAGAGAAAGUAAAGCAGAGGAGAGAAGAACAACUACACAAGUUAGAGGAGGUGCUGAAGGAUGAAUGGCAGAAAGCACAGGAUCAGAAGAUGAAAGCCUUAGAAGAACUGUAUUUGUCAAGCUUAAGAGCAAUUGGUGAGGGUCACCGACAAGCCAAGGAGAAUGAACCUGACUUAGAAGCUCUGGCAAAACAAGCGGAGGAAAGGAAACAAAGAGCAGAGAAGAGACACAGGAAAGCCCUGAAAGAACAGAAGUACCAAAAAGAGAAAUUGCUUCGUGAGCAAGCCCGGCGAACAAAUGCACGUAAACACGCUUUGGAAGUGGAAAGACAAAGAGCAGCCAAAGUUGCGAGCCUGCCGCCGCCUCCGCCCCAUCCUCUUGAGAAUUUUGAAGUGAAGAAGACUCCUGCCGUGAAGCCCUACGGUGCGGACAACUUUUCUGUUACACGUUACCAUAUUUCAGAACCUUACGUGGACAGAGAAUUGGAUGGAGAGCAGCCAGAUGCUCGGUUGGCUGCUGCGGAAGAAGGGAAGCGUUUGGAGGAACUACAGAGAGAGGCAGAGAAGGAGAGAAGGGAGCAGCUUGAGAAGGCGCAUCUCAGGGGAAGUCAUGCCUUGAAGAAGGUCCAUUUGGCUCAGGACAGGGAGAGGCUUCUGAAAGAACUCGAGCAAAUGCAGAAUAUGGAUCGGAUGCGCAGGAGACAGAUUGUAGCGCAGAUGCCACCUCAGAUUUUUGUGCCUGCAUACAAACGUGUGGAAAUAAAAGAAGAAUGGCAGAGAGAACUGGAGUUUGCAUUUGAAGAUAUGUACAGUGAAGACAGGAAAAUGAAAAAAGACCUGAUUGUGCACUUUGAGCCACAGCCUUUGCCAGCCCCUUCUGAGAGAUCUCGAGAUAAUGAUCUUGAUAUCUCUUUGGAGCAAGAGUCUGCUUGUGACACUCAACCAGAAUCUGCUUGUGAUACUCAGCAAGAGUCGGGACAGAUGAUAGAAGAGGAGAUCCCCAAAGGAUCAGAAAAUCGUGAAGAAGCAAAAACUCAUCAACCACAGUCAAAACUUGCUUUAAAGAAACUGCUGAACAAGAUUAGAAGCCAGAAAGAGGAGUGGACAUUAAAAAGUGAGAAGGAGAUUCAAAGUGAAAUUGAGACUAUUGAAUCAGGCACAAUUGCUAGUGAAGAGAGACCAUUAUGUGAUUUAGAACUGAACCGUGAGCAACAGAAAAAUACAGCACGUGAAGCCAAAGACUCUGUGAAAAUGUUGGAAAAUAAUGUUGCAGCUGAAAAUUCAGUUCUAAUCCAUCCUCAAGAACAAGCAGCUAAAAUUAGAUUGGAAAAGGAGAGACAAAAGUGGAAUGAGCAAAUAGAGCAACAGAAACAGGAACAGCUGGCCUUGCUUAAACAACUUGAAGAAGAGAGAGCACGCUUGGAGGCUGAUCUUCUGAAGAUCCAAAUGCAAACCUGUUUGGAGGAGGCCAAGAAAAAAAAAGAGGAGGAAGAGCAAGGUCAGCUGGUACAAAGCCACAGUGUUCCUUCCGCAGAUCAGCGGAACAAAGUGGAACAUGAGACUGGAAAUACUGCUGUAUCAGAAACCAAGAGUCCUGGAGAAGACAGCCAUUUACAGGUGAUUCGUAAUUAUCAACAGCGCCUUCUACAGCAAAACAGGCUGCACAAACAGACCCUUGAAGAAGCUAGAAAGCGUCUACAGGAGUAUCAGAAUAAAUUGAAGCAAAGAUACUUGUCUACUUCUGCAGCACUGCCAGGCUUUGUGGAAACAAAAUCAAUUCGUUUAAAGCCUGUCUCAGAACCACUUCUGCAGAGGCAAGGAGUGCAACCAGCAUGCCACCAGCCAUCUGAACAAGUUCAUGCACAAGAGCGUGCACGGUCAGUGCCUGUGUUUUCAGGAACAUCGUGUAUGUUGGAAAAAACAUCUCCACAGAAACACGAAGAGCAAAUGCAUCACGUUUGUCCUGGAAAACAUGUGCGAUUUUCAGGAGCAUCAAAGGUGAAGCGUGGAGAGUUUUGCUUGCUGUGUGGCUGUCCUUCACAGGAACAAGUGGGAAUGUUGGAAACCGCCAGUAAUCGUGUCAGAGAACCAUCUCAGUUCCAGUUACCAUCAGGGUCAGUCAUGAAAGAUGUCACUGCAGUGAGAACACAACCAGAAGCACGUGUACAACACGUUAAAUUUGUUUUGCCUGCAGAAGAUUCCUCUGAGCCUUCAGAAACAGUGCACUUUAAAGAGGCAUCUCAGAUGUCUAACCAGCAAACAGACACUGAAGCUGGAGAAAAGCCUCCACAUAAGAUGCCCCUCAUGCCAGCAACAAAGGGAUCUCCUAUAGUUCAGGCAGCCUCAGUUGAUUCUCUGGCGUAUCGGCAAGGAUCUGCAGAGAGCGCCAGCAAAACAAGCUUUGAACAGCCUCUCAAACUUUCCAAGCCUGUGACUUCAUCUCAUGAAGAUUCUAAAGCCCAGGACACUGAGGAAUGCUUGAUAUCCAAAACGGGAAAUGCGUCUUUGUUAAAUUAUUCUGAUAUACUGAAUUUAAGGGACAGAGUGUUGGCCUCAUCAGAAACCAUCCAAGCUCAGCAAAAGUAUUUGAAAGAACUGCAAGAGCAGCUGGAUGCACAAAGAGAAGCUCUUCUUUCUAGGCAGAAAAUACAAGAACAACUACUGUUAGAGAAGCAAGAUAAAUUGAAGGAACAGAUGCAGAGGCAGCAUGAGGCUUUGAAAGAAUUUCUGAACAAGAAGGUGAGACAUAUCCGCACAAAUGAAGAAAUGACAGAGGCACAAAAGCCUGACUGGAUUAAUAGGACUGAAUUUUUCCAAGACUCAGGAAAGCACCGGCAAGAGAAUUGUGGCAGGAGUAAAUUUCAUGGAAGUGAAAUGAUUUCACAGUGCAUCGGUUCAGCUGAGCAAACUGACCAGUCCGAGAAAGUUCUGUGUAAAGAACAGAAAUGGAGAUCUUCCAAACCACCUGUGACAAAAGUUAAGUUAGGGCUUGACUUGGAACAACAUGAACUUAGUGUUAUUCCAGAGGUAGACACACCCAAGAGUUGCAACGUUUCUUAUGCAGAUAAAACUGAUUCUGUUGAUGGAGAAUCUCCCAUUUUGACUACUGGGAAGUUUGCAUCUGUGAAACGUUACAGUUGUGCUUUUCCUGAGGAAGGCAGGUUUCCUUUAAGCAUCACAAACUAUGAGGAACACAUCUCUAAUGGAAGUCCAAGGCAAAGUAAACAGUCAAGGAGAUUAUUACAAGAGGUGCUGAUGAUGACUGCUGAAAACUCGUUUGAUUUGGCCCAGUCCCAGGAUUCUCAAGUGGCUCAAGAUUCACCGGUUCUUGCUGCUGAAGUUGGAGAGGGAGUUACAACACGUUCUGGACCAUCAUUCAGACUUGAUGCUACGGAAGUACUUUCUAAAGUCGUAUCCACGAACGUAGGUUCGGAGGCUUUUGUGCAAGGAACACCCUGUGACUUGUCUUCAACAAUUUCCACUGGAAGCUUUUUGACCAGUGAAACGUUGGAUGCAAGCCCUGUGGACACUGGAUUGUCUUCUGAUAGUACAGAAGAUCGAAUUUUGAGAGAAACAGCAAGUUGCCCUUGGAAAUCCUCCCUGCCUCUUGCCUUGAAGCAGAGGCAGGAGAAUUUGUCUGGAGUUUCUGAAACUCAGUUGCCCAAAGGAGAGAGGUGCCUUUAUAAAGGAAGUCAGAUACAGCGGAUCAUGAGGAAAUGUUCUGGAGACUUGAACUCUUACUCAGAGGACAAAACACGUUUCCAAGCUCCAGCAGCUGAACCUGAUUUUCCUGAAACAGACAUGGAUUUUCUGAACUUCCAGCUCUUUCAGCCUUUGGAACCAAGUCUUGACCAUGAUACUUCAUCAUCCUCUUCUCAAUGCAGAACUUCACAAGACAGUAGAGAAUUCAGCAAGACUUCAAAAUUUUCAACAAAAAGUCAAGAUGUGUCCACGUUUCUAGAAGUGGGAAACUCCAGUUUGAAUAUACGAAGAAAAAACCUGCCUUCCAGUCUUGAGCCAAGCGGGGCAAACAACCUUGCGGCAGCAGAAGAGUCUGUUAAUGAGAAUGUUACUCUGGGAUCUGAAGAAUCUUUUCACCCCCUGCAAUUAGAGUCUACUCUGAGUGAUCACUGUCAGAAUGCUGAUCGGCCGGAGGACCUCGGUGCUGUGUUACAGAGAUCUUUUGAAGAAACCCCUGGAAUUAAAAAAUGGAGCAAUGAGAACUGUAUUUCAUCUGCCAGAGAAUAUGAAGACCUGGCAAGAAGUCUGGAACACAUUAAUCUUCAGUGUUCAAUGGAAAAUCUGCGAAACAAAAGUCUGAAUCCACUGGAAGAGCAAAAAGCAUUUUAUCCACUAAAUACCAGACCAGUUACAGUAGAGGAACCUUUCCCUCCACACUUCCUAAAAGAGACAAUGUCCUCUGAAAAAUUACCUGUGGAGGCAUUUGAUAAGAAAUAUGUGAAGCUUCCUGAAAAAUCCGUUCACGUCUCUGAAGCAGAUGAAGCUGUGGAGCUGGAUUCUCGGUGCAAUAGGAAUACAAAGGAGCCAGAGCAAGGCUUUCCAGAAGUACAGAAACCUGCCAGGGUUCCCAGAGAAGCUCACUGGGAAGACUCAGACACCCAUUUCCAGGCUGUCGUACGACACAACGGUUCUUCCCUGGAAAGAUGUGAAAAACACUCUAAUUCUGUGCCCAGCAGCUCGUUUCGUAUCCCAGUCUGGGAGACGGAGUCAGGGUGUGGUAUUAUGGAAGAGCCUGAGCUCACUCUGAUGAGCUCAAAUGACAUCAGUAUUGCAGAGUCAGACGCUGAACAUCCUACCAGAGAGAAAAUGGAGGAGGGGAAAAUCAGUAACCCAGCGGGUGUGGAUCAGUCUGAGUUAAAUGCAGAGACAGAAUUUUUACUGCUGGCUCCAGAUGCAGAUUAUUCAGUGUGUGGGAGGCCUGAUGGCUCUUCUGAAGCCCAGAGUCCUGAUGACAGUCACGUCCCAUCACAUCAGACAGCAGUGAUGCUGCUGGAGUUCACGGCUACACCAGGAAGUCUGCAGGAAUCCUUUUUAAAAAGAAAGAAGGACUUCAUCCAGAAAUCUCUGAAAAGAGUAGAAGAAAUAAAAAACAAAGAGAGAGAAAAUGCAAAGCCAGAAGCCAGGCAGUUUCAAAGAGGAAAGUCUGAGAAGCUGAGCAGGCAAAAUGGGUCUUUUCUUACCUCUGAGAAACGAGGUGCAGUUACCAAUCAGCUGAAGAAAGUGGGAGAAGUGAGGGUGUCUUCUGCAGAGGACAGGAAGUCUGGAGAAAUGGAAAUGCACCAACGUACCUCAAGACUUUAUAAUCGACUUGCAGAAGUAAAAAGCAGAAAGGAAGAAAAAACAAGGCAAGAAACUUAUGCUAAAAACAGAGAAAAGGCUAAAGAGUUUCAGAAGAAAAUGCUGGAAAAACUACGAGCCAAGAAGAAUUGGAAAGUAUCGUGACUGGCUGAAGACUUGGAGCAAGAAGGAACACUACUGUGCUGGUACAAUCCCAGAGACCCCUGGAUACUGCAGAUGAUUUCAUCAAGUUAAUUGUGGAACCAUUAAUAAAACAUGAAUACUAUGCAGAUUUUACUACUGAGACUGCUCCACCAGCAGAUUGACUUUUGCUUCCAACAGGCUUGUCUCUGAGCAGACUGAUAGUUUGAAAAGCCUUUCUUGAUGUGCCUUAAUUUUUGUGAUAUACAUGUAUAAACCAUUUUAAAAUAAAGUUCUUUUUAACAAGACUUAAA